UCGGUCAUCACGGGAUCAGCUGCAGAGCAUUGCGGAUACCGGACUCACUAUGAAGGUCAUCAUCCUCCUCGCCGCUCUUGCGGUUGCCAAUGCCGGAUUUGUUGGCCACGCCGGAUAUGGUCACGGGUACGGCCAUGGCUACGGCCACGCUGUUGUCGCCAAGGUCGCCGAGGCUGGACACUCCUCUCAGCACCGGUCUCAGGAUCUUGCCGGCAACUACAAUUUCGGCUACAAGGAGGGCCACACCAGCGGCGGCUCCUUCCGCCAGGAAGCCGGUGACGCCUGGGGCAACAAGGUCGGUUCCUACGGUCUGACCGACGCUGAUGGCCGCGUCCGUGUUGUCAAGUACGUUGCUGACGGCCACGGCUUCCGUGCCCACAUCUCUACCAACGAGCCCGGAACUGCUGCUUCCCACCCUGCCGCCGCUGCCUACAACGCCCGCCACGCCGUUCCCGCCGCCGGCUACGGGGUCGCCGCCCCUGUGGCUAAGGUCGCUGUCGCUGCCGCUGUUCCCGUGGCUGCCUACGCCCACGCUCCCUAUGGACACGGAGGCUACGGAGGUUACGGAGGUCACGGAGGUUACGGAGGUUACGGAGGCUACGGAGGUUACGGAGCCUACGGAGGUCAUGGAGGCUACUACGGACACGGCCACGGAGGAUACGGCUACGGCCACGGCAUCUUCCACGGAGCCCAUGGUCACGGCCACUUUGGUUACCAUGGUUAAGCCUCGCAUCGCCUGUAUAGAGUGGUAUAGUUUCCCAAGGACUGUCCUAAACUGAGACCUCGCGCGCCUCUGUGCACCUUCUUCUCUUUGUCCUUCGUCUCUCAUGUCUCUUUGUGCGUCGUCCAGCCCCUACUGUGAUUCUUUCUUCUGUGUUUGUGCUCGCCGCGAUGCAGGUGUUUCGUUUUGCUAUUUCCCGAACUGAGUGUGAUUUUCCUCCUUCGCACUGUCGCUGCUUCAUACGCCUGCGCUUUUAAUUUAUUUCCUCCCUCCACGUCUCUUCUGUAGCUUUUCGUCCAGUGCGUGUCCUAGUACAAAAGCUGCUCGAGUGUUUGUCGUAUAAUAAACGUUGUCUCUUUUGUUGA